UAUGAAAAGUUUCAAAUUCAACAAAAAAUUUAUCGAAUCCUAAGAUGAAACAUCAAUCCGCUGUGAUCUCCAAAUUUCAUUCUCAACCAAUUCAUAAGAUCCAACCCUCCAAUCCCUCGCCCUAAUCAGUAAUCAAUCAUAUCCAACCAUGGUAGUCCAUUGGAUCUACCGUAACUUUAAGGUGGACCUUCUCCAAUGUGUUUUGUUUUGGAUAUUAAGAAUUCGUCAAUAAGAAAGGAAAUUGGUUGCUCUCCUUCUCCUAACAUGAUAACAACGUUAUUACGGCAAAACGCCACUAAUGGAAACUUGGAUGUAUUAGGAAUCAUGUCGUUUUAGUUGGGUAGGUUGCAGCACAUAUGUCAAAACUUAAUCAAAACAUCCAAAGUGUCGUCAUCGACAGCAAACCUCCAUUCCCCACUUUAAUCUUCGUUUUGAAGAAGAAGGUUCCCUUUCCUUCAACAAGCAUCUCACCUUAAAAACUAAAAUAACUACAUAUCAAUCGCAUUCAUGGAGAUAGCCCAUUCAAACAUUUCAAUCUUUGUCUUUUCAGUAACUAUUUUGUAGGUAUGCAUACGAUGCUUCAACAUCUAACAACAAAUUUUCCAUUUGCGUUCGUGUUCGUGUAUAUUAUAUGUAGUAGAUGCGUGUAAGAGAAUGACAUAAGUUACACUCGAUUGUCUUGUUUACAAUACAAGUAACCAUGAUGAAAUAGUUUUUGAUGUAGUACCGUACAAUUUUUAAAAGGCAUUGUGUUCAAUUUUUUCUGAAACCUGCUGAUGUUAAUUGUACUUUUGCAUUUGUGUAAGAGAUUCAGAGUUCGAACCGUUUUAACGACGAAAUCCAACAUUUUUUUUAUUAUGAAAAAGACUCUAGAGUAUGAGUAUGGCUCUUGUUGUUUAAUUUAUUUUGAUGUUGAAGAAGGUGUAAGGGAGCCGAUUUAAUAUUCAAUACUUGGACGUCUCUCAGUAACUCAAAUUUUUUGUUGAUAUGAUAUUUUUUGUUUCAACAUAUCCCGAUAAUUCAAGUGCUUCCUAACAAGAUAGAUAUUCAAUUUUCGAGAAAAAAAAAAGAUAUUCAAUUUUUCUUAUAAUUUCUAUCGACCAAUAUUGAUUAUUCAAUAUCUCUAUACUUACUUGUCUACAACAAAACUGACAAUAGAAUAAAAAAUGUGAUGCUGUCCGCGUUCAUCCAAAUCUAAUUCACAAUUUGAAGGAUUUUGGUUAUGAGGUCAAUAUCAAGAAAGACAUGCUUAUCUUUAUAUAGUUAUUAUUUUAUCGGUUCUUGUUGAUCUCUACACUUCAUAUUGACAUUGCAUUCUCCUCUUCGUUUUCACAACUGCAAAUUGAGUUAGUUUAUAAAUGCUACCAUAGCAAUUGGGAGUUGGUAGUAUUCGGUAGGGGUGGAAUCGGUUCGGUUUGGUUAUAACCGAUAACCGAUUGGUCGGUUACCGAUUACCGAACCACCAUCUCCCUCUACCGAACACCGACCGACGCCAUUGCCUCGGUUAAUCAAUAACCGACCGGUCGGUUAUCGGUUAGUUGGUCGGUUAACCGAGAUAACCGAAAAAUGAUGGUGGUUCGGUUUUAACCGGGUAAAAUUAUGAGAAUUGUCUAAAAUGAAAGGUUCUAACUUACAUUUCUACAUCUAAAUCACCAAAUUAAUGUCUCAAAUUCAACAACAUAAAAUUAUAAACUUCAUAACAGGGUAUUUUCACAUCGUUUUGGUGAGGGGGGUGGUCGGUCGGUUAUUUUCGGAUAUUUUUGGUUAACCGGAUAACCGGUUUUCGGUUACUCGGUUAACCGAAAUACCUAUUAGGAGCUCCGACCACCAACCGAAGCAUAUAAUUUUCGGUUAUCAGUUAACCGGUAACCGCCGGUUAUCGGUUUAACCGACCGGUUAACCGGCAACCGAUAACCGAACCUCCAGCCCUAGUAUUCGGUCAUGAUUCAAGGGUUGAAAUUGUGCGUGAGACUUUGAGAAUUCGAAAGGAUGUCCUCCAAACUGAUUAUCGAGCAACCAUUUGACUGCUGCUCGAAUCGGCUACAGUUAUUCAUCUUCAUCACACGAUUUAACGAAAUUGAAAUUCCUUAUUGCAGUUGGAUUGACAGAUGAUCAUAUAUAACAAGUUACAAGGAAGGCAAUGCGGUGAGAUGACAAACUAUCUUGCUUCUAUUGCUCAUUCUCGGGAUUCACUUAUUCACUGCCCGAUCGAGUACACAUGUUGAACUAUUGUUUGUUGUUUAAAGUUGAUAAAAAUUUGUUCCUGGCAACACCAGACCAGAUAGAAUUAGGUAGAACACUAUUUUUAACAAAAGCCAUACCUGACCCAAUGCGUUAAUUACAAAAUCGGAUAAAAUUCGUUCCUGAUCUAAAACUCGGCAACACCGGACCGAAUCGAUUAGCUUGGGGAGCCCGAUAACAAAUAAAGGCUAAAAAAAUGUAGAGACUAGAAAGGAGUUGGGGAUAAAAAUGAAUAAUGAUUAGAAUGAAAAGCCUCAAUUACAUACUAACAAUCUCACGUUCCUAUGUCUGUAUGUUACAAGCAAUCCUCCCUUUUUGAAGCUUUUUAAGUGGGGCCUCACUCAUGUUCUCUAUCCCCUUUUUUGGGCUUUGCACGUGAGGCCCAUGGGUUCUCCUUCCUUUGCGUACCUGCUGUGCUCUUCUCUGCAAAACGCCCGUGGCCCGUGGGACAACAAUACAGCUCUUCUCUGCAAAACAACGCCCGUGGCCCGCGGGACAAUUUCUUUUUGGGUUAUAAGUAUAAUACUCUCGAUGUUAUUUUAUCAAUAUUUUCAUUUACUAUUUUUACAUUAAAUAUGUUUUUUUAAUUUUGAAAAAUUUAUCAAAUAUGUCAUUCUGUUAAAAUUUUCAUCCAAAAAUCGUUAACCACGGCCGAACUUUUGUUUGGGCUACACAAAUGUCUAAAAUAUCCCUAAUAAUUUCACUUUAGAAUUUGUUGUCCUUUUGUAUAGCCAAAUAAUUCUAAAAAUUUCACUAUGACGAGACCCAAAUAAAUUAAACAGGGGACAAAACUGACAUUUUCCCUCUCAUUUGCCUAUGUUAGGUUGUCUAAAUCUUAGUUCAACCAUGAUUGACAAUUUUUUCAAUGAAAAUUUUAACAGAAGGACAUGUUUGAUAACUUUUUCAAAGUACAGGGGCAUGUUUGAUGUAAAAAAAUAAUAGAGUAGCAUGUUUGAUAAAAAAACACAUAAUAGAAGGACAUAAUAUAUUUAUAACCCUUUCUUUUUUUAAUGCAAUUAACCGAUUAAUCCGUGCAGUUUUUGAUCGAUUCGAUGUAGUUUAGGAUAUGCUUUGGUGAAUAACGUCCUAUACUCAGACAAUCCUACUCAGUGGCUUCAGGAUUCCAGUCCAUGCCACAAAGCUCGGGCCCAUGAAAAGGCCCAGGCCCAGGCCCAGAUACUCCUACAGACAGUCCUACUCAGUUGUCCUCACUCCUCAGUAGCAUCCGUUCCGUCUUGUGAAAGAAAAACGUCCAGAGCGCCCCCUUGAAAACAAAAACAAAAACUGGUUCCACGGUUCUAAAUGUUGACGGCGGCACUGCGGUCAUCGAGUACAUCAUCUCUCCUCCGCCGGUCAUGGCACUGGCAGCGAGUUUUACCAGCCUCCCAACGCGGUCUCUGCUCUUCGUCAAUUGUGGCGGGAAGCAACGACGGCGGAGGCGAUAGGAGAAGCUUGCUGGAGCUCGGUGAGGUGGAGAAAAUCCUCACCGACGUGCGAGCCGACGACGUGAAGGUGAUACCGGUCGGGAAGCGCUGCGAUUGGGUCGAUUACAUGGUGAUCGCCACCGGAAGGUCCACAUGGCACGUCAAGAACAUCGCCGAAGCUCUCAUUUACAAGGCAAGGCAGAAGCAGAAGGGAGUUGAGAGGAUGAUGCUUCCAAGCGUGGAAGGGCAAGAAGAAGGGAAGUGGAUCGUUGUUGAUUCGGGUAGGGUGAUAGUUCAUGCUCUUGAUGAGAAUGCUAGAGCUUACUACAAGUUGGAUAACCUCUGGAAUUCAGACCCAUCUCACAAGGAGCCCUCUCAGGAUCUAGCGAAAGCUUUCGUGAAGAUAAGACCGAAGAAUAAUUCGAAGAAGAGAGUGCAGACCAGUGCUUGAAUCUGGGUUUUCGUCUUCCACUCUUCCCGCAGUUGUUCUUUUGCACCAGAAUUGAACUGAGAAAGUGUCUGGGUUUCCUGGUUUGUAAAACUUCAGAUUCUUUGAGAUUUCGGUUUCGUCCUGUUCCAACGCAUUCCACUAGUUGUUGUGGUGUAAAAUAGCCCUUGGAUUGCCCAAAAUAACUCUCAUAAUCCGUUCCGCUCGCGGAUUUGGCCGUGCCACUGCCUGCAAUUUCUACUUGGGUAACAAAUUCAUUGAGCUUGUCGGUUUUAUUCCACUUUUAAAAAACCUUGGUGAUGAGGUGAUAAAAGUCUAAUAAAAAGUUAAAAACAAUGGUAAAUUAAACUUAAUAUCCAAACUUUUCGUUUUAAACAAUAUAAUAUUCAAACCUUUUCGAAAACAAAUUAAUAGGCAAUUUGUCA